AGAACUCACUAGAGAUUGCAAGAUUUUCAACAUGGCAGUCAGUAAGUUGGUUUUAGAGGGAAGAAUAAGUAUUAUAAGCUUUACCUUAGGACUCGGUGUGGUUAUAAUUCCCCUUAUCAGAACAUUCUUUGGACAUCUUGACUGGGUAUUUGACUAUCUUACAGAAACAAGGGGGAAAAUAGCUAUUUCUGUGUACAUAGCUGUUAUCAAUGGCCUCUUACUGAUCAUAUACAAGGGACCUCUUUAUAAGGUUGCUGUAAGAGCAUGCUUCCUUGGUUUUACAUUUGGGUGUGGCUUGACAAUAAGCUGUUCCCAGACGACAUGGACACAUUUUGGCUGGUACAUGUGCUCCCUAUCUUUCUUCCACUACUCUGAGUACUUGGUAACAGCCAUAAUUAACCCUCGUAGUCUGUCCCUGGACUCCUUCCUGCUCAACCACAGUGUGGAGUACACCUUGGCUGCUGUGUCCUCAUGGGUGGAAUUCACCAUAGAGAAGCUGACUGUACCAGAGCUGAAGCAGCAGACCUGGGUCAGUGUGGUGGGACUUCUGAUGGUGAUGUGUGGGGAGGGCCUGCGCAAGUCUGCCAUGCUGACUGCCGGCUCCAACUUCAACCACAUAGUCCAGAACGAGAAGGCCCAGAGCCACGUGCUGGUCACCACCGGGGUGUACUCCUUUUUCAGACACCCCUCCUACGUGGGCUGGUUCUAUUGGAGCAUUGGCACACAGGUGAUGUUGUGCAAUCCAGUUUGCAUAGCGGGAUAUACACUAGCUAGUUGGCGCUUCUUCCGUGAACGUAUCGAAGAGGAGGAGAUCUCUCUCAUACAUUUCUUCGGGGAGGACUACCUUGAGUACAAGAAGAAGGUGUCUACCGGCCUGCCGUUUAUCUCAGGCAUACGUGUCGGAUCCUAGGUGAACAAGAUGGGUCCUGGACAUAUAAACACGAGCAGUCAGGCACUCUGAGGGGCAGCCCUGGUCAGCGUGUGGCUUUGCCCCCCCCCCCCCCCCCCCCCCCCCCCCCCCCCCCCCCCCCCGGCCGCCCCUGUGGGCAUAGAACU